CUGGUGCUGACUCAGUCUUCGAUGUGAUUCCAUUCCGCGCGGUAGAACUUUAAAUCUUCUGGCGAGAUUGGUCGGGAUCAUUUUCCUCGCCAAACGCACUUCUCUUCUUAUAUUACUCAACUAAUUUUGGUGCAAAUCACUUCGCGUGAUUUGCAGUGUGAAUGAUACGUCUAGACGAGCGAAGUGACAGGUGGGAUUUGUCAUCGCUUCAGAAGACACACACCCCUUGGAGUUACGUGCCGCGUAUUCGAACAGCAUCCGAAACCCACGACCACCGGUGGUGAGACCAAGAUACAUUUUUCGCACGCAACCAGUCAUUACCGCCGCGCUGUCGUUAGUGCGAUAUAAAUCCGUUGCAUCGUGAGAUCUGAAAUGAACAAAUCGAAACUAGUUCUGCCCCUACUGUUGCUAGUGGUGGUCCCAUAUGCCAAUGGGGCGAUUUUUCAAAGUGAAAGCUGCGGCGAUUCAGAAGCGCUCGUCUCGUACCAAAUCCAUCUGGUGACCAACUGGAGCAAAAAUCUCUUCCCGAAGCAUUAUCCCGAGUUCCGGCCGCCGCCGCAAUGGAGCAUGACCUACGGACAAACCCAUAACGCAUCAUUUCAUCUCUUCCGACUAAAUGAUUAUGCUCCGACCCCCAUUCGAAUUUUUGCCGAAAGUGGCCACGCGCACGCUCUAGAGGAAGACCUGACUCGUAAAAAUGCAGCCAUUUAUGACGAAUUUCACCUUCCCAAAGUCAGCAAAGGGCAGGGCGCAACCGGAGGAACUUUUUUCGUUGAUGGCUCACACAGCAAAGUUUCGUUCAUCACUAAGAUUGUUCCCUCGCCCGACUGGUUCAUCGGAUUGGACUCGUAUAAUUUAUGUUCGGCCGGAAGGUGGGUCGAGAACGCGACCAUAGCUUUGGAUCCGUUGGACGCCGGCACAAGCAAUGGGUUGACCUUCACCUCCCCGAAGUGGCCAACUAAUCCGCCAAAUGUGAUCGAGAGAAUAACGGCUCGGUAUCCGAAACAUUUUGCCAGCAGCUUCUUUUAUCCGGAGAUCAAGCAUCUUCCCAGCAUCGCGCAAGUUACAUUUACAAAGCUACAGGAGUACCACGGAUCGAACAACGUUCACAAGAAGAUGAAGAAACUUAAAAUGAAGCAACGCAAUAAAUUUCUGAAGAAAAUGGCUCAUCUCAAUAGAAAGUUGGAGAACGAAACCAGUAAACAGAAUAACGAUUGCCAAGUUAGCGCCUGGUCCGAGUGGAGUGCUUGUAGUCAAUCCUGUGAUAUCGGGAAGAGAACACGGACGCGAGUGAUUGUUAGCCAUCCGAAGGAUCACGGGAAGGAUUGUCCCCGCUUGAAGGAUACUCAAUGGUGUGGAUCGGCAAGGGAGUGUUCGAUCAGUGAUAACUAUUUUCGGUGGUAAUCCAGAUGUGGUUGCGGCAAAAAAGUUGAUAAA